GGCCGCCGAAGCUUCCGUGGGGGACGGCCGCGGCCGUUGUCUCAGCAACGGACACUGAGGGGGCCCCGAGUGACACCCUGAGGCCCUGCCUCAAGGGGACCGUGUGUCUCCGCGGGGCCUCCCCAGCCUGACGGGUGCGCCCACGUGUGAUGUUGUGCAGCCACCUGCUGGGCGGGAUGGGAACCGAGCGACUCCGCCUUAAAGGCCUUAAAACUGGUUUCUGCUCUUCCAGGGAAAUGCGUCUGAGCACUUGGCCCGGGGUAGGGUCACUCCCCACGGAUUGUUCAGGGCCUCUGUUACGCAGAUUUUUUUUUAAGAUUUUGUUUAUUUAUUUGACACAGAGAGAGAAAGAGAGCACAAGCAGGGGGAGCGGCAGGCAGAGGGAGAGGGAGAAGCACGCUCCCCACGGAGACGGGACUCGAUCCCAGGACCCCAGGAUCAUGACCUGAGCCAAAGGCAGACGCCUCACCGACGGAGCCCCCAAAUUUCUCUUUAGUAAAAAAGAAAAUAGCCCGUUGAUGUUACCUUGGCUUACGUAUAGUAGGUAAGGGAGGGUCGGGGGAGACCAAACCCUUCCCAUUCUGAGGCUUGGCUCAAGUGACUUUCAGAAAAAGGUGGAUUAGGUGGAGAAAAGGUAUUGAGUUGGGGCCUGGAGGUGAAAGAGGAUCUCCACUGAUGCCACCCCAAUUCCAGAACCUUCCAUCCUGUGUAGAAGCGCUCACUGGCCUGGAUUCCAGGGGUCCCCACCAAUCUGGCCAGGAGGUGGUAUGUCUCAGGGACUCCACAGCUCUGCUCCACAGCUCUGGAUGCCCAGGGAGCCCCAAGAGCAGCUCACCCCAGCGAGGUGGUGACAUCAGCCCAAGGGCAGCUUCUCAGUGGAUGCUGGAUCCUGACGCCUGAACCUCCACGGCCAGUGCCUGCAGUUCCCCAACCAGAAGGAGCGGCCAGGGCACGGCCCUGGAGCAGGCGCUCCGUGGACGAUACUUCCAUGCACCCUCGGUCCACAGAGCACCGGUGACCCCAUCCAUCCUCCCCUUUCUCAGAGUCCCUGCUUCUGGAACCCACUGCCACCCCAAUCUCCAAGCCACGAAGAGUGACAUUGUUCCUAAAAACAAAGAAACCAACCAACAAAUACAUCACGUGGAAAUGGAGACGUUAAAUGAACCAAGAGAAUUUACCAUUGUCAGAGGUCCAGCCAUCCGGUGCCUCUGACUACACAAUGGCAAAUCUGAUGAUCUUUGUAGAGAUUGCUCUGGCUGCUGCCAAGGAGAAGCGAGCAAGGAAGCAAUACACAUCUUUGACUCUUGCCUCUCUCUUCCACAUCCAGCUCCUCCCUGCUUCUGGAACCAACGGCCUUCAAAACACAGCCUCCCCCCCGCCCCGCAGCAGGACUUCGUCGUCUGCCUGUAACGCCGGCCACCCCAUUCCUGCCCAUGCAGAUCCCGCACGGUCCUCCGCGGCCCUACCCCGCAUGACUGGCUCACUGCCCUGUGAGGCCUCCAGUACUUGUCACCCAUGUUGCCCGGCAGGCCGUGCCAUGUGGGCGGGAACUGCGUCCGGCUUGCUCACUUGUCUACCCAGCAUGCCCAGCAUGGGGCCUGGCACACGGUAUACAGCACACAGUGUGCUCAGAGUGGUCACCAGUUGGCUCCGUUGUGUUCAGUCAGCGACACCGCCUCUUGAGCUGCAUCUGAAUCUGACCGUGUCUCAGGACUUCUCCUGCGUCCUCCUUAGAACAAGCCACCACCGUUUCCACUCUGUGGGUAACUACAGCAGCCUCCUGCCCUCUGUUCUCUCUUCUCUCUUCCUCCUCCACCACCCAGCAGCCAGAAUAUUUCAGGAACACAUGCCAAGACCACUCUGGCCCCAGGGCCUUUGCCCUUGCUGUGUCCUCUCCUAGUGGCCACGUGGCUCAUCUCCUCUCAGUCAGGUCUCUGUUGAAAUGUCACCUCAGCAGAGAGGAUUUCUCUGAGCACAUCUGAUACAAUGCAGCAUGGCCUCGUCUGUUCAUUCUGCUUGGAGCAGCAACACCUGUCACCUCCUGUCCUUUCAUUGUGCUUUAUUUCUCUUCAUAGUUCUUAUUACUGUUGCUGUUAUUUUAGUCAUUUCUUUAUUAUCUGGCUCCUCACACUCAAAUAUAAGCCCCAGUAGCACAAGGAUGGCAUGUGUUUGGUCACUGCUCCAUCCCAGGUCCCGGAGCUGCACCCAAUAUCUAGUUGUCAUUGGUUAGUAUUUGCUGAGUGAGUGAAUGAUGCAUCAAUGAAGGUGAGCUUUUCUCUCUAUCCCACAGGAUGAGGAGAGGCUUAGAUCUCCAGGGAGAGCAAGGAGUGGAUUCUGGAGGAGGAUCUCAGUCUAAGCAAAAACCCCAGGGGGGCCCUGGGUGGCUCAGUGGUUGAGCUUCUGCCUAUGGCUCAGGUCAUGAUCCCAGGGUCCUGGGAUUGAGGCCUGCAUCGGGCUCCCAACAGGGAGCCUGCUUGUCCCUCUGCCGGUGACUCUGCUUCUGUGUGUCUCUCAUGAAUAAAUAUAAUAUUUAAAGAAAAAAUAACCCUGGGAGAAGUCCCGUGGCAGAGCUAAAGUCUGAAGGCUUCCUAUACACACAACAGUACUGUGGUGGUUUUAAAAACACAUCCACAUAUUUUGGGGUACGCCUCCCUUCAAUAGGUGCAGCUUACUUCCCCUCCUGAGGGUGCAGGCUGGACUUACUGGCUUCUAACAAACGGAAGUGGUGGAAUGGCACCUCCAAGGUAUGAUAGAAGAAGCCUGUGGCUUCCCUCUGAGGGGUCUCUGUGUAGUUUUUCUCCAUCUCUCAGAUCACACUCUAUGGGGGAAGCUGGCUGCCAUGCCGUGAGCAUCCCCAUGGAUGGGUCUACACAGUAAGCAACUAAAGUCUCCAGGUGAUAGCCAAUGAUGAAUAGAAGCCUGUCCACAGCCACGUGAGUGGGCCUGGAAGCAGAUCCUGCGGUCCUGGAUGAGUCUGCCGCUCUAGCUGACUGUUUGACAGCAACCUCAUGACCAACCCAAAGCCGGAACCAUCCAGCCAAGCUGCUCCCAGGUUCCUGAUGCUCAGUGCCUAUGAUGUAGUAACUAUGUAUUGUUUUUUUGUUUUCGUUUUUGUUUUUAAAGAUUUAUUUAUUUAUUCAUUCAGAGAGAGAGAGAGAGAGAGGCAGAGACACAGGCAGAGGGAGAAGCAAGCCCCAUGCAAGAAGCCCGAUGCGGGACUUGAUCCUCGGUCUCCAGAAUCACGCCCUGGGCUGCAGGUGGCGCUAAACUGCUGCGCCACUGGGGCUGCCCUACUACGUAUUGUUUGAGGGUCAUUUGUUCCACAGCAAGAGAUGACUGAUACAGUCCGUCAGCGUGCUUUGCUCAGUCCCAUGCCAUAGGUAAUGCUGUAUCAUUGGUGGCUGUGAUACCAGUUCCUAAACUGGCUGCUGUUGGAGCAGGUGGGAAGAGCACAUGGCCAGUCCCUUCUGGGCACCAACAAUGUGGUUGGUGUGUGUAGUGAGAUAUAGGCUUCUGGGCUGGACUCGGCGAGAUUUAAUCUCACCGACUGUGUGAUCCGAAGCAAGUAUUUUAACAUUUCAGAAACUCCUUUUAAUCACUUAUAAAAUGGUAACAGUAAAGCAAUCAGGCAUGUGGUAAAGAUUACAGAGAUUAAUUCCGCCCACUGCUCAGCACAAGCUCUGCAUACUGCUACAGCUCAUUCUCUUUGCCGUUCUUUUUUCUUGCUACUCACGUGGCAAGUCUUCCCUGACUACUAACUCAUCUCAAAAUUCCAACUACAAAAAUCAUUCAUGAAUCUCAAGCCUUAUUUUUAUUUUUUUAUUAUUUACUUAUUCUUUUAGAGAGGGAGGUGGGGGAGGGGCAGAGGAAGAGAGAGAAUCUUUUAAAAAAAUAAAAAGAUUUCAUUUAUUUAUUUGUG